AAAGUGCCUGGUAUGGAAGUGGUUAACUAUGUGGACUAUAGAAUUACAUUCCUCAGUGUGAGAGGAGUUGGCUGAGAGAAAAAAUAUUCUGCCAAAGAGGAAGAGGAAAACUAAUUCUCCAUAGAAUAAUCCCAGAUGAGGGGAAGCUGCAGACAUGUCUGACUUUCAGAGUGUAACGGCUGUGUUGGUUGGUGUUGUCUCUUUUAUUACUGUCCUGUUUUACGGGAAGUUCUUAUGGAGGAGAAGUAAGAUGCCCCCUGGCCCAUUCCCAAUACCCAUACUGGGAAAUUUUCUGCAGAUUCAUUCUGAUGGAUUACUGCCAAACCUAUUAAAGUUGUCCAAGGCAUAUGGUCCUGUAUACACAGUUCACUUUGGUUCCAGGCCAGCUGUCAUUGUCACUGGCUAUCCAGCCUUAAGGGAAGUUCUAAUUAAUCAUGGUGAUGCUUUUCUGAAUCGAGGAACUUUGCCUGCAGCUGACCGCGUCAUGCACCAUGAAGGCACAUCUUUUACCAAUGGGGAAUUGUGGAAGCAGCUGAGACAGUUUUCACUGCAGACUCUCAAAGAUUUUGGAAUGGGUAAGAAGAGUUUAGAAGACCCCAUCCUGGAGGAGGCACAUCACAUGGUGGAGCACUUAAAAAACCUGAAUGAACAACCAUUUGAGCCCAGUACUCUGUUGAUAUGUGCCUCCUCAAAUGUCCUUGCUAAUAUGCUAAUGGAGACUCGCUAUGAUUACAAUGAUGAAAAGUGGAUGAAAAUUCUGCAGGGCACACGAGAAGCUUUUCACAUUAUGUCAUCCUUCUGGGGCCAGCUUUAUGACUUUUUUCCAGCAGUCAUGGAAUGGUUACCUGGACCCCACAAAAGAAUUUUUUUUCUUCUUGAGAUCCUUGAAGAUGUGAUGAAGGAGAGCAUCAGAAACCACCAGCAGACUCUGGAUCCAGCCUGUCCUCGAGAUUUCAUUGACUGCUACCUCAUAAAAAUGACACAGGAAAAUAAUAAUCUGGGUAAAUCACCAUUUACUUUAAAAGGCCUACCACCGGCAAUCAUGGAUAUGUUCUUAGGGGGAACAGAAAGCACUGCAUUAACUUUAAACUUUGGCUUCUUAAUCCUGAUGAAGUAUCCUGAGCUACAAGAUAAGAUGUAUGACGAGAUAGAUCAAGUUGUUGGCCAAGCCCGGGAACCUAGAGCAGAGAAUAGAACCCAAAUGCCAUUGAUGAACGCUUUUGUUCAUGAGAUCCAGAGGUACAGUGAUGUCUUUCCAAUGGGUUUGACCAGAUCUACCACCAGGGAUAUCACAUUCCAUGGUUACUAUAUACCAGAGGGCACCGAUAUUAUCACCUUGUUAACCACAGCAUUGCGGGACCCCACACAGUUUGAAACUCCUGAGAAAUUCAACAUCAAACAUUUCUUGGACGAUAAUGGAAAAUUUAGGAAACGUAAUGCAUUUUUACCAUUUUCAGCAGGAAAAAGAGCCUGCAUUGCAGAGAGUCUGGUGCGCAUGCAGCUUUUCCUCACCUUCACCAUUAUAUUACAAAAGUUCACCUUGAAAUCCAUGAUGGAUCCCAAAGAUGUUGACAUCUCUCCUGCCAUAAGCGGUGUUGAAAACAUCCCACCAGCCUGCAAGAUAAUUUUCAGUCAACGUACACUAGAUGGAGAAGUUUAAAGUGGAACUUUACCCAUUAUAACUUGAUAAAAAAGAAUGUUCUUUAGCAAGGGACAUACA